UUCCUCGCCUUGGAUUUGGGAUAAAAUAUUGGAGUUUGUGGAGUUCCUGAGGUGCCCCGUGCUUCCUGUUCUGGCCAUGCUACGGUUUGGCUGCGUCGCUUCCGAUUUGGGGGGAUUUAUCUUGAUUUCUGUGUCCAAUUGAUUGGUCGGGCGUCGGCGCUUUGAUCUUUUGCUAUUCCUUUCUUAGCUGAGGCUCUCUUCCUGUUUGCUCCCAAUCCAACUUUUUUGUUUUCCCAUUUGCUUGUUUGGUUUCUUGUCGAGUUCAUGCAUUCCGAAAAGGCGAAACCUUGCCAAUAUCACAUUCACUCUCAUAAAAAAUUACGAAAUUUUUGAAAAUUUUGGCAUUGUUCGAGGAGGAAAUAGUCAAAACACACAGGAAUCGUAUUGAUUGUCCCUUGUUGUCUUCAUCUUUGUUUUUGGUACUGAUCGAACGAAGGGAGGGACACAACCAUGAAACCCUGGAAAAAUCCCUCCUGAUGGUGGUUCCCCUCCACACAUGGGUUCUCAUCUCCAACUUCAAGCUGGCCUACAACAUGGUCCGCCGCCCUGAUGGCACCUUCGAUCGACACCUAGCCGAAUUCCUCGACCGCAAGGUCCCCGCCAAUGCCUCACCAGUCAACGGCGUCGUCUCCUUCGACAUCCUCAUCAACCGCGCUAGCAACCUCCUCGCGCGCAUCUACCGCCCCGCACCUCCCAACUCCUCUCACCCCGCCACGCCCCUGGCAGGUCUUCACCACCCUCCCUCGCCAGACCAGUUCCCCGUCAUCAUCUUCUACCACGGCGGCAGCUUCGCCCACUCCUCUUCCAACACUGCCAUUUACGACUCCCUCUGCCGCCGCUUCGUCUCCCUCUGCGGCGCUGUAGUCAUCUCGGUCGACUACCGGAGAUCACCGGAGUACAGGUAUCCCUGCGCUUAUGAUGACGGAUGGGAAGCCCUCAAGUGGGCUUCCACUGAACCAUGGCUCCACAGUGGCAAGGAUUCUAAGCUUCGGGUCUUCCUCUGUGGUGACAGCUCUGGGGGCAAUAUUGCUCACCAUGUAGCUGUGAGAGCCGCAGAGUCAGGGAUCGAUGUGUCAGGCAACAUUCUUCUCAACCCCAUGUUCGGUGGAAAUCGCCGAACCGACUCCGAGGUGAGGCUGGAUGGGAAAUACUUCGUCACCAUUCAGGACAGAGAUUGGUAUUGGAAGGCAUAUCUCCCAGAAGGAGCUGACAGGGAUCACCCAGCCUGCAAUCCCUUCGGCCCAAACGGUGGGACUCUCAAAGAGCUUCCGUUCACAAGGAGCCUCGUCAUAGUUGCGGGCUUGGAUCUUGUCCAGGAUUGGCAAUUGGCCUAUGUUGAGGGAUUAAAGAAGGCAGGCAAAGAUGUGAAGCUUGUGUACCGUGAACAGGCCACAAUUGGGUUCUAUUUGUUGCCAAACACUGACCAUUUCUAUGAGGUAAUGGAGGAGAUUAAGAACUUUGUCAGUUCUAACCUAUAGUCCACAUGCAGCAUGGCACAACGUAAAAUGCAGGUAUAUAAGCUCUAUAUUACAUAGAAUCUAAAGUUGGCAGUCGAUGCAGUUGUGGCGUUUGCUACCUUUGCUGCUUCUUUGUUUACUUUGGUUGUUCGCUAGUGUCAAAGCAUUCACAGAGUUCAGACGAGUUAUUCUCAUCAAGGAGCUGUAUUAUAGAUAACUUUGUCAAAGGUGGAAUGACUGUUUCUUUUUUUUUACAUCUUUCUACUGAUGUAGUAUUUUGUAUGCCUGAUCCAGUUCCUCAAAUUUGUGAGGUUGGAAGAUGGUGCUGAUUUUAUAGGUAACACAGUUUAUGUAAGAACUGCAGGUUA